AUGUGCCUUCACUUUGUCUUCACAGAGAUCGCUCUUUGCUCAUUCCCCGAUCUCUUGCAGGUGCCUCCACCUGAGCUUGGAUUGGACCUCAUGCCUGCGCCACUCACCGACGAGGCCCUCUCUGCAGGCGAUGGGAACGUUGCGCAGCAGAAGGUCAUUGAGCUGGCAAGUCGGGGCAUCCGCAUACGGCAUCUCUUGGACUUCUACGAAGAGAUGCUGGGGCGAGAGUUUUUUGAUCCGGAGCGAUCUACCACACAUGAUGUCGUCCGCCACGCCAUCAUCCCCAUGACCCUUCAGGGUGUGUUGCCCGCGGAGGGAAGUGAAGAAAUCCUACUAUGGACUGAAGAUGCUGGCGUGACGAAGUUUGAGUCGGUGCAGCAUGGGAUUGCCUAUGCAAGCAUGGUGAACCAGCUGAAGCCCGUGUUCGCCUUAAAAAUGGUGACCCAUGCUUGGGGCAACGUGUUCCGCAACUUGCUGGCGGCCGUGUUCGCAGAUGCUCUGGGGCAGGAGACCUAUGACAAGGUGCUACAGUUGCUCGAAGAGCCGGGUUUGAAGACCAUCCGCUUCCAGCUGGCGGCUUUGCAUCAGCUAGACUACCCGUAUUGGAUCUGUGCGUUCUCGGUGAAUCAGCAUGCUGGCAUUUGUGACAGAGCGCCGUCCCAUGACUCCCUGGGCCGCCAGAUCACGGCAUGCCCCUGCAAGACACCGAAGUUUCUUACGGGCGAGCACUGUGAGAUGAACAAGUUCGAUGACAUGAUCAACUACCUGCGGCAAAGCAAUGCAGCAGCUCGCAAGAGAGGCGAUGAGACCCAACGCUUCGGUCAGGUUGUGGCCAUUGACAUGGGGUUCGAGCUGUUCUCAAGGAUUUGGUGUGUGGCAGAGCUUGUGGAAGCGGAGAAGCUGCAUCUGCCACAAGCCUUGAAAAUGCAUUCCCAAAGCUCACGGGAACAGUGCGUGCUGAAGCUGCACGAACUCGACGUCCGCUCGGCACAAGCCAGCUUUGAAGCAGACCGCCAACUGGUCUUGGACAAGAUCCAAGAUGUCGACCUAUUCAAUGACAAGUUGCGUGACCUUUUGCUGACGCGGCUCAAUGGUUUUUUGGUCGCAGAGCUCCUAGUCGGCCUUGUGAGUGUUGAGGAAUUGCUGGCCACCGUCCUCGACACGAUCUAG